CGCGAGCCGCGCCUGGGACGGGGCUGGCUGAUUUCAGCCCAGGAAAGAAAGCAUGUAAAAGAAGAUUAAAACACAUUUAGUGCGGUCUCCCUGUCAGAUAGCCCCUUGAGUUGCGUGCGGCUCUCUACGGUUGAUAGAGAAAGGAGCGGACGAGCCAAGCAAGUGACAGUGAAAAGAGAUCGAAAGGACGUGGCAGACAGUUAUACCAUGCAGGUGAAUGAUGGCCCCAGCAGUCACCCCAUUUUUGUGGCUCCUGUUAACGGAAAUGCUCAGCGGUCGUCAGGAUAUGUUCCAGGCAGGAUUGUUCCAGUUCGUUCUCCACCCCCAGUCAAGGCUCCUCCACCGCCCCCACUGAAGCCCCCGGUCCCGCCCCCUGCACGACCUUCGGUUUUUAAUCUGUCAGAAGAUGAGAGCAGAAGGGAGCGUGCCCAGAACCAGCAGAGGAAGAACACUUAUAUUUGUGUUGGCGUGUUCUUCUGCGUUUUCCUACUGAUUCUCAUACUCGUCCUCAGUCUUGCCUCUAAAGAUGUGUUGGAUGAGAACUGCCCUCAUCACAACCCUGUGCUGCUCUCCUGGAACCCAGGCCAUGACCUCAAAAAGGUGGUGGUACGCAGUGGUGAGCAUUACCGUCUAGAUUCAUCUGCCACCCUGUACUCUAUCACUAUCCAGGCUGGAGGUUUGGUUGUCUUUGCCGAUGAUAAAAAAGGCUCAAAAAACAUUACAUUACGAACGCGCCACAUUUUGAUAGAAGAUGGCGGUGCUCUCCAUAUUGGGGCUACAAAAUGCCGCUAUCGCUCCCUGGCUACCAUCACCCUGGUCGGCCGAUCGGAUGAAACCGCCGUGACUGAGGUUCCUGGCAUGGGCCGCAAGUUUUUGGGUGUGAAUGCCGGAGGAACUCUGGAGCUCCACGGGUCAGAGAGGCUGUCCUGGACCUUCCUCACUCGCACCGUACCUGCUUCAGGUUUGGCUACCGGUGACCAUGGCUUCCAGAAGAACUUCAGCCGUGGAAUUAACCUGCGGGUGGUUGAUCAGGACACGGCGGAGGUGGUGAGCAACGAGCGUUUUGACACACACGAUUCCUAUAACGACAGUAAGAGGCUGAGUCAGCUGCUGGAGUCUCUACCUGCAGGACGCAUUGUUGCACUGGCCACCGGUGAUUCUGCGGUUAAGAGCCUGCUGGAAGAGACCAAGAAAACCAUCAAGGAUCUUCUAGGCAGCAAUCAUGUCAAUAAUCUCAAAUACAGGCAGGCAUGGGCCUUGGUCUCGGUAAUUGGUGGAGGCAAUGCUUCUUGCUCGGAAGACGUACGAGAACAUGAGAACCAUGACACCGGUGGCAAGGCGCUGGCUCGCCGAGAGUUCAUCACUGUGGAUGGUGUUGGUUUCACUGUUACUGCUUACAGCGAGUGGAAAAAUGGUUACCCUACAACAGGCUUCCAGGUGGAUGCAGUGGAUAAAGUGGUUCUGAACCUGAUGGAUGAUGUUAGCAGCUGGAAUCCGGGCGAUCGGAUUGUGGUGGCCAGCACCGAUUACUCCAUGCAUCAGGCAGAGGAAUUCACCCUGCUCCCGUGUCCCCACUGCAACAGGAAACAGGUUCGAAUUCAAGGAAAGCCUCAGUUCACCCACGUGGGAGAGAUACUGGACGGUGUGGACAUGCGUGCGGAGGUGGCCCUCCUCUCAAGGAAUAUCCUCAUUCAUGGAGAAAUGGAAAACUCCUGCUACGGAAAAAAUCAGUGCCAGUACUUCAGCUACGACACCUUCGGGGGACACAUCAAGAUUUUGGGGAACUUCUCGUCAGUCCACUUGUCUCAGGUGGAGCUGAAACACAUGGGUCAGCAGCGGGAGAAGGGCAGAUCCCCUGUGAACUUUCAUAGGUGUGGAGAUGUGGACCAGCGCGGGGGAUACAGUGACCACACCUAUCUGGACUCCCUCUCCAUCCAUCACUCCUUCUCCCGAUGUGUUGGCAUACAUGCCACUAAUGGCCUGCUGGUUAGGGACACAGUUGGCUAUGAUACACUGGGACAUUGUUUUUUCCUGGAGGACGGGAUUGAACAAAGGAACGUAUUUUUCCAUAACCUAGGCUUGUUGACCAGGCCAGGAACCAUUCUACCUACCGACCGCAAUGAUAGCAUGUGCACAGAAAUUACAGACAGGGCACACAAAGGAUAUGUACCAUCUCCUGCAAACGAGUGCAAGGCAGUGUCUACAUUUUGGAUCGCACACCCCAAUAAUCAUUUGAUCAGUAACUCAGCAGCUGGAUCACAGGAUGCAGGAAUUUGGUAUGUUUUCCACAAUUCCUCUACAGGUGAUUCUCAUGGACUGAUUCCAGAGACUAAAGCUGAGCUCACGCCUCUGGGCAUCUUCUAUAACAACCGUGUUCAUUCCAACUUUAAGGCAGUUAAUGAAACAACUAAAAUGUUUCACUCCCCUCCUCCUCCUCCCCCUCCUCUUCACUGCAGUGAUGGCAGCUACCCUAAAGAUGAGGGCUCUAGUCAGGAGGUCUCCCAGUCUCUGUUUGUUGGUGAAAGCAGAAAUUGUGGCACCAAUGGAGGACAAAAUAAAUACUGGGGGAUCGGUGGAGUAGAUGGAAAGAUGAGGACUCUACCAAGAAACAAGACAUUUCCAAUCCGAGGUUUUCAGAUAAAUGAUGGUCCAGUGAGAAUCUUAGACAGCACGUUUCGGGCCUUCAGUCCAACGACAGAGCGCUUCAUCAUGGCUGUGGGAUUCAGCCUGAAAAACAUCUGGCAGCUGACACCCAGAAAUAACCUGUCGUCUCUCGCCUUCCAGCCUAGUGUAACUCUAAGAGCAUUUUUUGGCCGACCAGGCGAGUGGUUUGAGCAGAAUGAUCUGGACGGCGAUAAAAAUUCCAUCUUUCAUGACCUGGAUGGUUCAAUCAGCAAUUACACAGAUACGUAUGUGGCAAGGGCCGACAACUUCCUGAUCCGCCACCCUCAAUGUGUGGAUGUUCCUCAUUGGAAUGGGGUUGUGUGCAGCGGCAAGUACUUUCAGGUGUAUAUACAGACACAGGGUGCAUCUAAUCUGAGCCUAUCUAUCAGUAGAGAUGAAUACCCUGAUAAGCCCAUGGUUCUCAGAGGUAUCAGAAGCCAGACAGCUCCUUCUCAGCAGUACCAGCCUGUACUGAUGAUGGGCAAGAGCUACACGGUGCACUGGAAUGGACCUACACCCAGAGAAACAGUCCUGUCACUUAUUAAUUUUGACCAGGGUGAUUGGGCUUUACUCGGCUUCUGCUACCCCAAUGAAACAGUCUUCCAGAUCACAUCAGACAUCUACAACAAGCAGAGCAACGGCUUUGAUGGCAUAGAAGACUACAGCCCUGUGUCAUCCAUUUCAGACCUAGAGAAGCGACAGCAGGAAAGGAAGUACUUUUUUGACAAAUCUGUUGGUUUGUUAUGGCUGUACGCACGAGCUCGGCACAGACGAGACGGCUAUAGCUACUGCUCCAUCGCUGGCUGUGAGAGAGUGAAGAUCAUCGCCACCAUACAUGCCAACCAAAAGACUCAGACCUGCAACUGCAUCGCCAAUGCCUACCCCAAAUACAGAAAGCCUGCCAGCAACAUAGUGCCUAUGCCAAAGCCGAACACAGAGCCCUGCAGAGCCUGUGGGGCCUCACGGUUUGCCUUCUCCAGUGAUCCAUGGAACAGCUACCUCCAAACUCAGAUCAAAUCCCUCAGUGUAAAAGAAGAACAGAGUAAUGACACUCAAGCCUAUAUCACUGUGAAUGCAGAGAGGUUUGAACUCACCCAGUCAGGGUUCCUCAUAGUAACUGUGGACGCAUGCUCCGGAAAAGUCACAAAGAACUCAUUGUUUAUGACGCUGGACACUAAAAUGGAACAGUAUUUUAAAACUGGAAUUAUAAAUAGAUCGAUAGUUCUUCUUGCCACAAGAGGUCAGCCUGCUGGCAUUGCUGGUGCUGCACAAUAUCUGGUCCCUUUGGGAUCUGCUAAAACGCCAGAUCUUCAGAAGAAAGACGUCAUUGCUUUCUUUGGGUUCCUCGGCCAGGGAGGUUCUUCACCACAGCCAUGGUCUGCUCUGUUGGCCUGCCAAGAUACCAAGGUGCUGGGAUUACAGGAAAGGUUCAUUCCCCUGUCCCUAAAAGAAUACUCUUGUCCACCACAAAAAGAUCCUCCCACACGGAUGGAUCUUGAACUCUUGAGAAAAUCUCUUAGCCAAAAGUGAGCCUUUAUGUGAACAAACAACACAACCAGCGAAUGAAUGUGAAAUUAUGAACGUAAUUUAUUUCGGGAAAGGAGAGCGCUAGUGGCCUUUAAACAAGUAUUUUGUUAAGCGAGUGAAUGUCUUUGUUUGUCGUUUUGUCCUGCGUGGUUGCAUUUAGUCAAAUGUUACAGCACAAAGUGACGCACGUUUUUUAAUACACACCAAACUGGAUAAAAAAUGGACAGCACAAGCUAGAAGUACAUCAGAGGAUGAUCUUGAAGUUCCGUACCACCAGUGCAGAAGUACAGCACAAUACAAAUGGUAAUUUGGGGGACUCUUUUCUUCCUCCAACCAUCUGCAGGUGUAAAUGACACUCAGACUUUCCUUUUCUGUUAUUUAUUCCUCUUGAUUUAAUGGGACAUGCCAUUAUUUAAUUGUCAUUCUGGGUUUCACUGCUGCUCGCACAUCAGUGACUAUAGUUUCACCAUUAGAUAUUUGAGAGUAUACAUGUUUCAACAUAAAAAAAAAUUAUCUACAGCUAAAUUAUUUUUCAUAAAAAAAAAAAAACAUUGUCUACUGUUAUGUAUGUGUAUGUGGAAAAGGUGUUGAACCAGUUAGCCACUGAAAUUAUAUGUGUUUAUUAUCAGGUCUCUUUCCAUUCAACACAGGAAAUCACACCAAAGAUUUCAAACUUAUAAAUAAACAAGAGCAAUGAAAGCGAAAGGUGACUGAGGCUGUGAUCUCAUUCAUUUUGUGUUAAAAAGACAUUUCGGUUUGGAACAACAAGAGGGUAAAUGACAGAACUUACAUUUUUGGGUGAACUGUCCAUUUAAGAUAAUGUCCAUUAUCAGCCUUUGUAGUGCCAUCACUUCGUUUGAAAGAUGUAACAUCCCAUAUGAAAUGUAUUGUCAUUAUUGUGAUUGAAAGGGAAGCCUGAAUUGCCUGUAUGUGACGUUUUUGAUUUGGGUUGAAUUAGUUAGGCUACUUGUUAACCACUGUAUAAAGAGUUUUAUUGGUAGUCUGAAACAAGAGAUUGCAGUUUCUUAAAGGUGCAAAAUGUUUUUCCUCAGUAGGCUAUAUGUUGUUACCUGUAGAAUUUUUUUUUUUAAUUUGUAAAAUGCUCUUUCUUUACUAGCUAUGCUUUUAUGCUGUAAUUCGAUGUUCUGAAAUUCAGAUAAAA